GUGGAGUGUAGGCACCAUCACCAGAAAGACGUGGUUCUGACAGGCAGAAAAUUUUACUAUCUACCAAAAUGAAGCUGCUGGUGCUGCUGCUGUGUUUGGGACUGACCCUAGUCUGUGUCCAUGCAGAAGAAGCUAGUUCUAUGGAAAGGAACUUUAAUGUAGAAAAGAUUAAUGGGGAAUGGUAUACUAUUAUGCUGGCCACUGACAAAAGAGAAAAGAUAGAAGAACAUGGCAGCAUGAGAGUUUUUGUCGAGUACAUCCAUGUCUUGGAGAAUUCCUUAGCUCUUAAAUUCCAUAUUAUUAUAAAUGAGGAGUGCUCUGAAAUAUUUUUGGUUGCUGACAAAACAGAAAAGGCUGGUGAAUAUUCUGUAACGUAUGAUGGAUCGAAUACAUUUACUAUACUUAAGACAGACUAUGAUAAUUAUAUUAUGAUUCAUCUCAUUAACAAAAAGGAUGGAGAAACCUUCCAGCUGAUGGAGCUCUAUGGCCGAGAACCAGAUUUGAGUUCAGACAUCAAGGAAAAGUUUGCACAACUAAGCGAGGAGCAUGGAAUCGUUAGAGAAAAUAUCAUUGACCUAACCAAUGCCAAUCGCUGCCUUGAGGCCCGAGAAUGAAGAAUGGCCUGAGCCUCCAGUGUUGAGUGGAGACUUCUCACCAGGACUCCAGGAUCAGUCCUUCCUAUCCAUACAGCAUCCAGUAAGAAGUUCUGUGAUCUGCUUUCCAUCGUGUCUUACAGAGAAGUGCAAUCCCUGUCUCUCCAGCAUGUUACUAGGAUAACUCAUCAAGAAUCAAAGUCUUUCUUUAAAUUUCUCUUUGACAUACCCAUGACAAUUCUCCAUGAAUUUCUUCCUCUUCCUGUUCAAUAAAUGAUUACACUUGCACUUAAA